GAUGACACUAGUGCAAAACUAGUACAAUGAAAAACUUUUUGUGGCUUGUUCUCUGGUCUCUGACCUUAUAUGAAGAAUUUGCUUUCUCGCUUAUCCCAAAAGCAUUGACGGAAACGGCUUUGAAUGGCAGCACCGUGUCUUGUAGCACAUGGGGAAGAGGAGCAUACAGGACAUUUCACGAUCGGUUCUACCACUUUACCUCAAACUGCAACUAUGUUCUGAGCCGCCAAUGCAAAGGUGGCGCAGACUUUAACAUACAAAUCCGCCGAGACACAAAUGGCAACUUGGAACACAUGUCGAUCACUAUAGAAGGUGUUCUUGUUAUUGUUGAAGACUUGAAAAUUACAGUUCAAAAUGCAAAAGUACAACUGCCAUAUUAUGACAAGGUGAUCAUAAUACACAAAUAUGGAGUUUACACC